AUGGAGGACGAUCGAGACUGGGAGGACGCGGCCUUCAACACGCGCCACCUACACAACCACAACGACCGAGGCGGCCAACUGGGGAACGUGCGCCAUGAGUUCCAGGUCCGCAACACGAUGGGCACUCACCUCAUCAAAUGUGCUGCCCUCGAUCGCCUCCUCCAGCAGCAGCAACAGCAGCAGAUGAAGAAGAAGACAGGGGGCGACCAGAUCUACCGCCUUACCGACGACGAGGACGGCCUGCUGGGCUCUCUGAGAUGCGGCAGGACCUUCGAGGCCACGGUCGCGUUUGCAGGCAGCAGGAAGACGCUUGCCAAGAUCACCCACGAGCUCGGAGGCGGCGGAGGAGCUGACCCGACACACAAUGGGGAGGAUGACGAUGGCGAUGACGAUGAUGAUGGUGCUGCCUCUCAGCUCAGCGGAGAGGGCCGUCGCCGACAACGCGUCGCCACCUUUGAGAAGAACUCGUUCCGGCAGCCCAAGUUCUGGUUCCGCUGGCAAGGCGUCAUCGCCACCGACGGCGUACCUCUCGACACGAUCGAUGGGGACGAUGACGAGACCUCGGACAACAGGGCCAGCGUGCACGGGUCGGGGUACCUGGUGUUCUCUAGCAACGACUGCAAGCGCUUUCAGGGUACCAUGACCAGCGAGCAGAUGGAAUGGAACAAUGUCAAGAUGACCGGGUGGAAAACCAAGCCUCAGCCGGAGAGGGACUUUGAGAUUGAGUGGGAUGGUGAGUUCUGAAGAGAGAGAGAGGAAGAAAAGAGAGAGCAAAAGACAAGAAGAAGAAAGGACAAGAAAAGAGAAGAUUCAGAAGAAAAAGAGCUGAGCCUGCUGUGUUAUUAUAAGGGGCUGAAGCACUGGCGACUAGCGAACCAGUUUAUUUCAUGUGGUUUUUUCAUGUGAGACCCAAUAGGGAGGGAAAUCUUUGUCUGCAUAAGUAGGAGAUGUUGCAGAGGCGAACAGAUGGGGUGGAAGGAAAGCUGAAGGGCGUCUGGCUUGAGGUGGAUGCGAUGUGAGGUAUGCUUAAGUAUGGAGGGGAGCAUCCAGAAGGGGUCAGCGCAAGGUUUUGCCUUCUGCUGGUAGAGCGUGGAUAAGUUCUUAUGUAUUUUUAUAUUCGCG